CCUUUAUGCGCUCCUCUCAUUUCAUUCGUUUUGAAACCAGCCCCAAGGAAGCCUAUGUUGGUGAAAAAGCUUCAUUUCCUAUUUAUACCAAGCUGUUCCUACUGCAUAAUGGCUCAAUGAUUUCACCGUUUCCCUGGUGUCAGAUAGUCUCAGGUUUGCAACUUUUGUACAAAGAGUUAUCAGAGAGUCUGUAUUUGAUGGCUUCAUAUCAGGCAGUGGUAUUAGUACAUCUACAGUUAAUCUGGGUUAAAACCCCUACAUUUCUUAUGUUUGUAUGGGUGUGUUCAAUGGGAAGCCAAGGUGCAACUUCAACUUCAAUAUUAACGGCAUCACCACGAAAUGUCCAAAGCCCCAUAUCUGGUAUAAAUUGGUGAUGACCUAGCUGAGGUCAUGAUAAAUCAAAUAAAUACAAAUGUUGGGGGAUCUGAAUAUUGGAUGUUUUUAAUACUUUCUUUGUCGUACAUGAUCUAAAUGGUUCCUUGCUUCAAUAGGAAUCCUAUAGCCAUUACCAAUUGAAUUAUUCAAUAAAAUUUUAAUUUGGUUCAAUGGUAGGUGUCUUUCAGAUACUGAGCUUGAAGAAACGAACACAAUGAGCAUAUAUUCGGUC